UCGACCAAGCGUUGCUUCCAUUGGCUUAUUGAGAUGCCAAUCAUCUUUACGUCGAUUUGAUUGGUCUACAGAGAGACGUCGCUUUGACGAGAGCCUGCUAGAAAACAUAGGCGUCGAAAAGGCAACGUUUGGGCACUCUUCUGCCGAUUUUAAGACAUUACGUGAAGAUGAUCGAGGUGGUGUGCAACGAUCGCCUGGGCAAGAAAGUCCGGGUAAAGUGCAACUCUGAGGACACAAUCGGAGACUUGAAGAAGCUCAUUGCAGCCCAGACUGGAACACGAUAUGACAAAAUAGUCUUGAAGAAAUGGUACACUAUUUUCAAGGACCACGUCUCACUGGGUGACUACGAGAUCCACGAUGGGAUGAACCUGGAGUUGUACUACCAGUGAAGCUGGGGAGGACCAACACCGCAACAGACACACACAGAUAUGACUUAAAUUGCCGCUCCAAGACCACAGGAAAAAAACAGUGGCUAUGAAAGACAUGAUGUAAUGUGAUUUUUUUUGUUUUGAUAAUAUUGGAAUAAAGUUGAUAUUUACUUAGU